CAUAGCAACAGGCAUAGGAGUUCGUAGAGACAAAAAUUAAAUUAGAGAUAUGGCGCAUCUGAUGGACAAGGCGAAAUUAUUUGUAGCAGAAAAAAUUGUGGGUAUGGAAAAGCCAACAGCAGAUGUUACAGACGUUUCAGUAAAAGAUGUGAGCAGAGAUGGGAUAACUUUAGACGCAGAUGUGGAUGUAAUGAAUCCUUACAGUCAUGAUCUUCCUAUUGGCGAAAUUUCCUACAAGAUGCGAAGCGGAGAGAGAAUUAUUGCAUCUGGAACGAUUGCGGAUCCCGGAUCAAUUAUGUCAAAGGAGAAGACGCUCUUCAACAUUCCAUUUAAAGUGCCGUACGACUUUAUGCUUAGUAUUUUGAAAGACGUUGGGAAGGAUUGGGACUUGGACUACCAGUGGGAAGUUUGCCUCACCAUGCACAUUCCUGUUGUCGGCAAAUUUACUCUCCCGCUGUCUAAGAAUGGGACUCUCAAGAUGCCUUCUAUUUCAGAUAUCUUUUAGAAGUCCUCAUUGUUUGUGAAUAAGAUAUGUGCAAAUAUUAUUGGUUGAUGCAAAUAACUCUGUCCGCUUCGGAGCCCCCUUCCAUGGAAGGAAAUUAGUUGUGUUCACUAUCCAUUAGGGUUUAAAUUUCACAGUUCAAACAGCCGGUGAAUAAUUGUUAAUUUAGUGGUCUUGGCCAUAAAUUAAUUGACAAUAUACUGGUUAUUUACUUUAGGUGGUUCUAGUUUCUGGAGGAUCUCACCUAUGAACUCACCUAUGAGUGUCUGGUUCCGGUUCUGGAGGAUUUCACUUUUAAGUGUCUUUGACGGACUGGUUCUAGUUCUGGAGGACUUUGACAGACUGAUUAUAACAGCUUAGUCUGAUAUAAAUGUAUCCUUGGUCCUCAUAUUGUCAUCAUGCUGUGUUUUGACUGUCAAUCUGCAGAGAUGUAGAUAAUAUGUAAGAAGUUGUUUCUAUUAAAAAAUUGGUUUACAAGUAGGCCCACUGGUCUGCUUUGGAAAGUUUGAAA